AUGAACAAGCCACUGAGCACUGCAGCCAGGUACUUGCGCUCGACAAGCAAAAGCAGAUUCUUCUGUUCCAUCCCGACCGGACUAACCACCAGCCAACAAAAGCUCCUCAUACAGCUAGCCAAAAGAACCGUCUCAAGGAUAGGGGAUGGUAGAACCCAUCAAAAAAUCACAAAAAUUCAGGAACGGUCCAAAAUUUUGAAGAAUCUACAUGAUGACUUAGAUGUGUAUGCGGAGCUAUUCAAGGAGAGUGGCUUGAUCGACGGGGGUAGUAACAACUCGGACAAGACCAUGCAGCAGGUACAGUCCUCCUCCGUUAUGAACGCAGACGAUGAUAUUAAGCAGCUCAUGCGCAACAUUGAAGAUGUGGGCAGCGUGCUCCUCCAGGAUGUAGUAGACUUUUACAAGAGCGUUGUCAACCCGGAGCAUCACUUGGACACGGAAGAGGUGAAGGUAGAGAUCACCCCCGGCGUGGGGGGCCUCGAAGCCAAGCUGUUUUGUAACGACCUGUUCAGCAUGUAUGAGCAAUUUUGCAAAAUGAAAAAUUUCCAAUGCACUCUCAUCAAAGGAGAAAGUGAAGACGCCAAGGAUGGGUUCAGAAGUAUCGUCGCAGUUAUGAAGGGAGACCGCGUGUAUGAACACUUCGUUCAAGAGAACGGAAUACACCGAGUCCAGCGAGUACCAGUGAAUAGUAAAAAAAUUCAAACAUCUACAUCUGUUGUGUUCGUAUUUGAUGAAGAAAGCUUAAGGAAAAAAAUACAAACAAAAAUGAAUUUCAAUAAGAAUGAUCUGUUGAUUGAAACCAAGAGAUCAGGAGGAGCGGGAGGACAAAGUGUUAAUAAAAAUGAGACAUGUGUAAAAAUACUUCACAAACCAACUAACUUAUGUGUGGAGGUACAAAAAACUUCUAGUCAAAUACAAAACAAAAGUAUGGCCAUACAAGCAUUGAAGGCCAAACUUUUCUCCUUUUACUACCAGCAGGAGAAAGACCUGUAUUUUAAGUACAAGAAAAGUCAUAAGAUGAGUGGAGAUAGAAGUGAGAAAAUACGCACCUACAAUUUUGUAAGUGAUUUUAUAACUGACCAUAUAAGCAAUGUACAGUACCCUGGGAUUGACCCCUUCUUCAGGGGACAUGGCCUCGUUCGCCUCGUUGAUAAUCACAGACAAAUAUUCUACCGAAAUAUCGUGGACGAGGCCUUGCGCUUCAUCAUGGAUCGUACACAAGGGUGA